AACGUUGUGUUGCACAUAAUUGUCACAUGUCUUUUGGAUUCUUGAGUUCGUCUUAAGAGGAUCUUCGUGUGAUAAAAAUGGGUUUCCAAAACAUUUGGUAUUCGCAUCCACGAAAGUAUGGACAAGGAUCUAGGUCUUGUCGAGCUUGCGCAAACAGGCAUGGACUGAUCCGCAAAUAUGGUUUGAAUAUUUGCAGACAAUGUUUCAGGGAGUACGCUGCUGAUAUUGGUUUCAAAAAGCUGGAUUGAUUUAACAGUACAUUCAGAACAUUAGAUUUCUAUUUUUAUCAUAAUAUGGAAGCACUUCAACAUAAAUUCAAUAAUAGACCGGCAUUUUUAUUCAAUCAAUAAGUACACUAUUACAUCUGGAUGAAACAAAUUCUGUUAUGUAUUGCAGUAAAAACAUGAACUGAAAUAAAAAUAAUUACUUAU